AACAAAAGAAGGUCUGGACAUUUUACCACUCUCCUGAACCUAAAGGAGAGCGACGGGACAGGGGAUCUCAAUGCUCAGGACAUUUUCCUGUCUCCCAUCACCUAGGCAGAAGUGAAAGGUAAAGUGGGAGAGUGGUCACACUCAAUAGUGUGAUUCUUGAGCCCCUACCAUCAUGGGGGUUAUAUGGCUGGCCAAGUUUAUGCUGGGAUGUACAGCACUGUGGUAUGUGGAGCAAGCCCGGGCCCAACUCGAACAUGGAGAUCUACAAGUCGACCGGUUUGAAGAGAAAACCAGAGUAAGAAGGAGAGGACAAGACACACUCAGAGGGCCUAAUGUUUGUGGCUCCAGAUUUCACUCAUAUUGUUGUCCAGGGUGGAAAACGUUACCAGGAGGAAACCAGUGUAUUGUUCCGAUUUGCCGGAACUCUUGUGGAGAUGGGUUUUGUUCAAGGCCCAACCUGUGUACCUGUUCUAAUGGACAGCUGUCUUCAACCUGCGGGGCUGGUGCAGUUAUGAACUGCAAUGUGCGGUGUAUGAAUGGUGGCAGCUGUAACGAAGACUCAUGUACCUGCCAGAAAGGAUACACUGGAACUCACUGUGGACAACCUGUCUGUGAAAAUGGGUGCCAGAAUGGAGGGCGUUGCAUUGGACCCAACAGAUGUGCCUGUGUCUAUGGUUUUACUGGUCCACAGUGUGAAAGAGACUACCGCACUGGUCCUUGCUUUACCCAGAUUAGUAACCAGAUGUGCCAAGGUCAGCUGAGUGGCAUUGUCUGCACGAAGACCCUGUGCUGUGCCACAAUUGGUCGUGCCUGGGGACACCCUUGUGAAAUGUGCCCUGCUCAGCCACAUCCAUGCCGCAGAGGAUUCAUUCCAAACAUCCGUACUGGAGCCUGCCAAGAUGUGGAUGAGUGUCAAGCGAUUCCAGGUCUCUGUCAUGGAGGCAACUGUAUCAACACUGUAGGAUCCUAUGAAUGUAAAUGUCCAGCUGGCCAUAAGCAGAGCGAGACCUCCCAGAAGUGUGAAGAUAUUGAUGAAUGCAGCACAAUUCCUAACGCGUGUGAUGGAGGAGAGUGCACCAAUACAGCUGGAAGCUAUGUUUGUGUGUGUCCAAGAGGCUUUACCACCAGCCUAGAUGGAUCUCGUUGCAUUGAUCAGAGAGCUGGUACUUGUUUCUCUGCUUUGAUUGGGGGUCGAUGUGCUGGAGAACUUCCUGGUCAGUACACCAAGGGACAGUGCUGCUGUGAUGCAGGACGCUGCUGGGCAAUUGGUCAGACACCAGAGAUGUGUCCUGUCAGGGGUUCUGAUGAAUACCGCAGGCUCUGCAUUGAGGGCUUACCACAUGGACCUGGAUAUCCUGGAACCUACCCAGGAUUAGGCCCCGGUGGAAUUGGACCAGGAGGACUUGGUCCCCAUAUGAAUGGACAUGGUGGAAUUGGCCCUGGUAUGAUUGGACCAGGAGGCAUUGGACCUGGUGGGGUCAGCCCCAACGGUCAAGGCUCAAUAUCUGGCUUGCCAGGCUUGGGCAUCGGCAUUGGAACUGCAACCCUAAAUCAGACUGGAGAUAUAUGUAAAUUAUUCACUAACUUGUGCCAGAAUGGACGCUGUAUCCCCACACCUUCCAGCUACCGGUGCGAAUGUAACAUGGGCUAUAAACAGGACAACCGCUUGGAGUGUAUAGAUGUGGAUGAGUGCUCAAGCAGCCCAUGUAUCCAUGGUGAUUGUGUGAACACACCUGGAUCAUACCACUGUAGGUGCCAUGAAGGAUAUCAGAGCAACCCCACCAAGCAGGCAUGCAUUGAUAUCGAUGAAUGCAUCAUGAAUGGAGUUAUGUGCCGCAAUGGCCGCUGUGUUAACACAGAGGGAAGUUUCCAGUGUAUCUGUAAUGCUGGUUUUGAAACUACUCCGGAUGGCAAGAAUUGCGUAGAUCACGAUGAAUGUGCAACUACAAACAUGUGCCUCAAUGGGAUGUGUAUUAAUGAAGACGGCAGCUUUAAAUGUAUUUGCAAGCCAGGAUUUGUGCUGGCACCAAAUGGACGUUACUGUGUUGAUGUGGAUGAAUGCCAGACACCAGGAAUCUGCAUGAAUGGGCGAUGCAUUAACACAGAGGGUUCCUUCCGUUGUGAAUGCUUGGGAGGCCUGACCAUUGGCAUUGAUGGCCGAGUCUGUGUGGACACACAUAUGCGGAGCACCUGCUAUGGAGCCAUUAAGAAGGGAACAUGUGCUCGACCUUUCCCUGGGGCUGUUACUAAAUCCGAGUGUUGCUGUGCUAACCCUGACCAUGGAUUUGGAGAGCCCUGUCACCCUUGCCCAGCUAAGAACUCUGAGGAAUUUCAAGCUCUGUGCAGCAGCGGCAUUGGUAUCACGGCAGACGGAAGAGAUAUCAAUGAAUGUGCCCUAAACUCUGAGAUCUGUCCCAAUGGAAUCUGUGAAAACUUACGGGGCAGUUACCGCUGCAUCUGCAACUUGGGCUAUGAAUCUGAUACCAGUGGCAAAAAUUGCGUGGAUGUCGAUGAGUGUGCAGUGAACCGCCUUCUCUGUGAUAAUGGCUUGUGUCGUAACACACCUGGCAGCUACACUUGCACAUGCCCCAAAGGUUACAUCUUCAAGCCUGAGUCAGAGACCUGUGAAGAUAUUAACGAGUGUGCGUCUAACCCCUGUGUAAAUGGUGUGUGCAGAAAUAAUGCGGGCUCUUUUGUCUGCGAGUGCUCAUUUGGAAGUAAAUUAGAUCCUACUGGGACUAUCUGUGUGGAUAGCAUGAAGGGAACUUGCUGGCUGAACAUACAAGAUGGCCGAUGUGAGGUGAACAUCAAUGGAGCCACUCUAAAGUCCGAGUGCUGUGCUACCUUGGGAGCAGCCUGGGGAAGCCCCUGCGAGCGUUGCGAAAUUGAUCCAGCAUGCCCUCGAGGUUACUCCAGGAAGAAGGGAGUUGCAUGUGAAGAUGUGAAUGAAUGUGAAGUCUUUCCUGGUGUCUGUCCCAAUGGGCGCUGUGUAAAUACUGCUGGCUCCUUCAAAUGCGAAUGUCCAGAAGGCCUCACUCUGGAUGGGUCUGGAAGGAAUUGUGUGGAUGUACGUGUGGAACAGUGCUACAUGAAAUAUGAUGAAGAUGAAUGCACAGCUCCCCUGCCUGGCAAAUUCAGAAUUGAUAUGUGCUGCUGUUCUGUGGGAGCAGCCUGGGGCAUAGACUGUGAGGAGUGCCCAAGACCUGGAAGUGAAGAGUACAAGACCAUCUGUCCAAGAGGACCUGGCUUUGCCAACAGAGGAGAUAUUCUCUCAGGCCGACCAUUCUACAAAGAUGUCAACGAGUGUAAAGUAUUCAACAGCCUCUGCUCUCAUGGGACAUGUCGUAACAGCAUUGGUAGCUUCAGGUGUAUGUGUGACAGUGGCUUUGCCCUGGAUGCCGAAGAAAGGAAUUGUACAGAUAUAGACGAGUGCAGAAUUUCCCCAGACCUUUGUGGACAUGGAACUUGUGUCAACACUCCUGGGAGCUUUGAGUGUGAAUGCUUCAGCGGUUAUGAAAGUGGUUUCAUGAUGAUGAAGAACUGCAUGGAUAUUGAUGAAUGUGAGAGAGACCCACUGCUCUGUAGAGGAGGAACCUGCAUUAACACAGAUGGCAGUUUUGAAUGUAUCUGUCCACCUGGCCAUGAGCUGACUUCUGAUGGCACCGCUUGCAUUGACAUAAAUGAAUGCUCCUUGAGUGACAACUUGUGCCGAAAUGGCCAUUGCGUGAACAUGAUUGGAACCUAUCAAUGUUCUUGUGACUCUGGAUUCCAGUCGACUCCGGAUCGUCAAGGCUGUGUGGAUAUUGAUGAGUGCACCAUUAUGAACGGAGGCUGUGAUACCCACUGUACCAAUUCAGAAGGCAGCUACGAAUGUAGCUGCAGUGAGGGUUAUGCACUAAUGCCAGACAAGAGAUCCUGUGCAGAUAUUGAUGAAUGUGAGGAUAAUCCAGGUAUCUGUGACGGAGGGCAGUGCACAAACAUCCCUGGAGAAUACCGCUGCCUUUGCUUUGAUGGUUUCAUGGCCUCACUGGAUAUGAAGACUUGUAUAGAUGUUAAUGAAUGUGACCUGAAUCCUAACAUCUGCCUUCAUGGAGAUUGUGAGAACACCAAAGGCUCCUUUAUCUGUCAUUGCCAGCUGGGUUAUUUCGUGAAGAAAGGAACCACCGGCUGCACAGAUGUUGACGAGUGUGAAAUAGGAGCGCACAACUGUGACGUACAUGCCUCUUGCAUUAAUGUUCCUGGGAGCUUUAAUUGCAAGUGUCGAACUGGCUGGGUUGGAGAUGGACUGAAAUGCAUUGACCUUGAUGAAUGUUCUACUGAAGAACACAACUGCAAUGUGAACGCCAACUGUGUUAACACCCCUGGUUCCUACCGCUGCUCAUGCAAUGAAGGAUUUAACGGAGAUGGAUUCACAUGCUCUGAUGUUGAUGAGUGUGCAGAUAACGUGAACCUGUGUGAUAAUGGGCAUUGCCUAAAUGCGCCUGGUGGAUAUCGCUGUGAGUGUGAGAUGGGUUUCACACCUACUGAAGACAGCAAGGCAUGUCAAGACAUCGAUGAAUGCACAUUCCAGAAUAUUUGUGUCUUUGGAAGCUGCCAGAAUUUGCCCGGAAUGUUCCGCUGUGUUUGCGAUGAUGGUUACGAGCUGGAUAGAAGUGGAGGAAAUUGCACUGAUGUAAAUGAAUGUGCGGAUCCGGUAAACUGUAUCAAUGGCCUGUGCGUUAAUACCCCGGGCAGCUACCUGUGCAACUGUCCACAAGACUUUGAGCUGAACCCCACUGGAGUGGGUUGCGUUGACACCCGCGUUGGUAACUGCUUUUUGGAAACACAACCACGGGGUGAUGGUGGCAUCUCCUGCAGUGCUGAGAUUGGAGUAGGUGUCACAAGGGCAUCCUGUUGUUGCUCUCUGGGCCGUGCUUGGGGCAACCCCUGUGAAUUUUGCCCCCCUGCCAACUCUACUGAAUAUAAGACCCUAUGUCCAGGAGGAGAAGGAUUCAGACCAAACCCCAUCACUGUUAUCCUGGAAGAUAUUGAUGAAUGCCAGGAACUCCCAGGCCUGUGCCAAGGUGGAAACUGUGUUAAUACAUUUGGGAGCUUCCAGUGCGAGUGCCCAGUAGGCUAUUACCUAAAUGAAGAAACCCGCAUCUGCGAAGAUAUUGAUGAAUGUUCUACUCACAUUGGCAUCUGUGGCCCUGGAACUUGCUACAAUACCCUUGGGAACUACACCUGCGUUUGCCCACCAGAGUAUAUGCAAGUUAAUGGAGGGAACAACUGUAUGGAUAUGAGGAAGAGCGUCUGUUACCGCAACUACAAUGACACAUGUGAGAAUGAGCUUUCUGCAAAUAUGACCAAAAAGAUGUGCUGCUGCUCAUACAACAUUGGCAAAGCCUGGAAUAAGCCGUGUGAACCAUGCCCUGUGCCUGCUAGCCCUGAGUACCAAGUCCUUUGUGGUAACCAGGCCCCCGGCUUCAUUAUCGACAUUCGUACAGGCAAACCAACAGACAUUGAUGAAUGCAGUGAAAUCCCAGCCAUUUGCACCAAUGGAGUCUGCAUCAACCAGAUUGGAAGUUUCCGUUGCGAGUGUCCAAUGGGAUUCAGCUACAAUAACAUCCUCCUCAUCUGCGAAGAUAUUGAUGAGUGCAGCAGUGGAGAAAACCUGUGCCAGAUAAAUGCUGAUUGUAUUAAUAUCCCUGGAUCCUACCGCUGCGAGUGUUCCAGUGGCUACAAACUGUCCCCCAGCGGGGCCUGCGUAGGUCGCAAUGAGUGCAAUGAGAUCCCUAAUGUCUGCAGCCAUGGAACCUGUAUGGAUACAGAGGGCAGCUAUAUUUGUGUGUGUCAUAAUGGUUUUAAAGCCAGCGUGGACCAAACCAUGUGCAUGGAUAUUGAUGAGUGUGAUCGUCAGCCUUGUGGGAAUGGGACCUGCAAGAACACUGUUGGUUCCUACAACUGCCUCUGCUUUCCCGGGUUUGAGCUCACUCACAACAAUGACUGCAUGGACAUAGAUGAAUGCUCUUCCCUGGUUGGUCAGGUUUGCCGCAAUGGCCAGUGCAUCAACAAUGUAGGCUCCUUCCAGUGCUUGUGCCAUGAAGGCUACGAGAUCACUCCUGAUGGCAAGAAUUGUGUGGAUAUCAAUGAAUGUGUCAGUCUGCCUGGUACCUGUGCUCCUGGAACCUGCCAAAACCUGGAGGGAUCCUUCCGUUGUAUCUGCCCACCAGGAUAUGAGGUCCAGAAUGACAACUGCAUAGAUAUUAAUGAAUGUGAUGAAGAGCCCAACAUCUGCCUGUUUGGUACUUGCACAAAUACUCCUGGCAGCUUCCAGUGCGUCUGUCCUCCAGGGUUUGUCCUGUCCGAUAAUGGUAGACGCUGUUUUGACACUCGUCAGAGCUUCUGCUUUACUCAGUUUGACAAUGGAAAGUGCUCUGUUCCAAAAGCCUUCAACACCACUAAAGCACUGUGUUGCUGCAGCAAGAUGCCAGGAGAAGGCUGGGGAGAUCCUUGUGAGCUGUGCCCCACUGAAGGAAGUGUGGCUUUCCAGGAACUGUGUCCGUACGGCCAUGGAGCCAUCCCUGGCAUAGGAGAUACCAGAGAAGAUGUAAAUGAAUGUGCUGGGAAUCCUGGAAUCUGCGGCAACGGUGUCUGUAUUAACACUGAUGGCUCUUUCCGUUGUGAAUGUCCCUUCGGAUAUAGUCUGGAUUUCACAGCAGUAAACUGUGUUGAUACGGAUGAAUGCUCUAUCGGGAACCCGUGUGGAAAUGGAACCUGCACUAACGUGGUCGGAGGCUUUGAAUGUGCCUGCGAUGAAGGUUUUGAACCAGGUCCAAUGAUGACUUGUGAAGAUAUCAAUGAGUGCACAAAUCCCCUGCUUUGUGCCUUCCGUUGUAUAAACACAUUUGGCUCGUAUGAGUGUACCUGUCCUUCAGGAUACACUCUGAGAGAGGACCGCAGGAUGUGCAAAGAUUUGGAUGAAUGUGCAGAAGGUCUACAUGACUGUGAAUCCCGUGGCAUGAUGUGUAAGAAUCUCAUUGGUACUUUCAUGUGCAUAUGCCCACCAGGCAUGCAAAGGCGACCAGAUGGAGAAGGAUGUAUGGAUGAAAACGAGUGCCGUACAAAACCAAAUAUUUGUCCCAAUGGCCGCUGUGUCAAUAACAUUGGAAGUUAUAGAUGUGAAUGCAAUGAUGGGUUCCAGGUCAGCGCUUCUGGAACAGAGUGUUUGGACACACGACAGGGCUUCUGUUUCACUGAAGUCCUCCAAACAAUGUGCCAGCUGUCCUCCACUAACCGCAACAUGGUGACCAAGUCAGAGUGCUGCUGUAACAGUGGACGAGGAUGGGGAAAUCAGUGUGAACUUUGCCCUCUGCCUGGGACUGGCCCCUACAAGAAGAUGUGUCCACACGGGCCUGGUUACACCACAGAUGGAAGAGAUAUUGACGAGUGCAAAGUUCUGCCUAACCUUUGCAAGAAUGGUCAGUGCAUAAACACCAUUGGUUCAUUCCGCUGUCACUGCAAGCUGGGAUAUACUACAGACAUCACUGGGACAACCUGUGUGGAUCUGGAUGAAUGUGCCCAGUCUCCCAAGCCGUGCAACUUUAUCUGCAAAAACACAGAAGGAAGCUACCAGUGCUCUUGUCCUAGGGGUUACAUUCUGCAAGAGGAUGGCAAAACUUGCAAAGAUUUGGAUGAAUGCUCAACAAAACAGCACAACUGCCAGUUCUUGUGUGUCAACACAAUUGGAAGCUUCAAUUGCAAGUGCCCUCCUGGCUUUACCCAGCACCAGUCUUCAUGUAUUGAUAACAAUGAAUGCAAUGCCCAGCCCAACCUGUGUGGAUCUCGCGGUAUGUGUCAAAACAACCCGGGCAGCUUUACCUGUGAGUGUCAGAAAGGUUUCUCCCUGGACAGCGCUGGCAGCAACUGUGAAGAUGUGGAUGAGUGCGAAGGAAACCAUCGCUGUCAACAUGGCUGCCAGAAUGUCCUGGGUGGAUUCCGAUGUGGUUGUCCACAGGGCUACGUGCAACAUUAUCAGUGGAACCAGUGUGUGGAUGAAAACGAGUGUGCCGGCCAGUCUGCUUGUGGCUCUGCCUCCUGCUACAACACCUUGGGAAGCUUUAAGUGUGUCUGCCCGUCAGGCUUUGAUUUUGACCAGUCAUUCGGUGGUUGUCAGGAUGUAAAUGAGUGCUCAUCUGGAGGAAACCCAUGUAGCUAUGGAUGCUCCAACACAGAUGGUGGUUAUUUGUGUGGCUGCCCUGGAGGAUACUUCCGAGCUGGUCAAGGGCAUUGUGUAUCUGGCCUGGGCUUUGGAAAUGGUGGGUACCUCCCAGCUCCAAUUGAGGAGGACGAGGAAAACAUUCUGUCCCCAGAGAACUGCUAUGAAUGUAAAAUCAAUGGGUAUCCAAAGAGAGGAAGACAGAGGCGUAGCACCAACUCAACUAGGCAUGAGGAUCAUUACAUCAGUCUGGCUAGUGUGGAUAUAGAUGCUCCACUCACCAUGACACUAAACAUCUCUGACCUGGGCAACAAGCAGCACAUACUGGAGCUAAUCCCAGCCCUGGAACCUUUGGAGAACCAUGUGCGUUAUAUCAUCUCCCAGGGCAAUGAGGAUGGACUUUUCCGCAUCCACCAUAAGGACGGCCUCAGCUAUCUUCACCUGGUUCGCAAAAAGGUGACAGCUGGCACUUACAAUUUGGAGAUUGCUAGUGUGCCUCUGUACCGCAAGAAGGAAUUGCAGAAAUUAGAGGAUGAGAAGGACCUCAACUACCUCAGCGGAGAAAUAGGCCAGGCACUUAAGAUGAAACUUAAAAUCCAUCUUUAUUAACAGCAUAAACAAGCAUUCCUCAUAUGACCUUCACAAGAUCUGAACUAUAAAUUUAUAGAGUCUUCUUCUGUCUUGUGUUUAAUUAGCAAGCUUUUGUGUCAGAACCUUAGCACUAAAGGCGUAUGUUUGAUGGGAAAUGUGGAAUACGAGUCCAACAGGGACCAAUGUUCAUAUAUUUUUGGGAAUUCUUAUUCAUAGCAUCUUUGUUAUACAAAAAUACAAUUUGGAUUUGGGGCUAAAAGAUAAAGAAACCGCUGGUGGUAGUAAAAAGUACAAUGGGUAACGAUGCAUUGGGCUUCCAAGGCUAUACAUGAAGAGUGGGUCAGAACCUGUAGUUCUCUAAAUAUAUACUCACUGCAAGCACCUACCACCUUUAAGGAGGAAGCAAGCUUAAGAAGCUAUCACAGCCCUUGCCUUUAAAAUGACACAGGCCCAUUUUAAACCAAAAAUCAGUGGCAGAUAACAGAACCAAGCUGCAGGAACUGUUUAUACGACAUGGUGUUUUAGAUAAUUUAGUACACAUUUACUGAAAAAGGAGUCUUCUAUUGAUGUGUACCAACUUAAUCUCCAUAGAGGUGCUCCUGUAGGCAUCAGAGAAAAAUAUUCUUAACCCCUUAAGGACAAUGGACGGUCCCUAAACCCAUUGAAAACAAUGCACUUUGUCAUUAAGGGGUUAAAUUUAUGUUUGGACAUUUUUUUUACUAUGUUUACUCAGAAGCCCAUUAUAUUUCUUCUUUUUAAAAUAACUGCAUGUUUGUACUGUUGACAUUGAUCAUGGGGAAAAAAGAAAUGGUCCUCAUGGUUGAAUUGAGUCCUGGGGAUUGAAAAUAUUUGUCUAAGACAUCUUAUGGAUAUGCCAAUUCUCUUUUGUUGAAGAUGCCAUUUAUAGUUUGAAUGAUCUGAUCAUUAUGAGAUCACAUUUUCCAUUAUAGAUAUGGAAAAUACUUACAUACAUACAUGAGCAUGAGCACAUACAAGCCAAAUGCGCACACAAAAUAACGCCAAUAGCUAUUGGGGAUCUGGUCGACAAGGAAUUGCCACACCAAUUAGCAAUGAACAACCAAAUAAGUAAAUAUAUAGGAACAUGGUGCAACACCCCAACCUGUGCCCACCAGGUAUGUGUAUAUUAUAAGGCAUAUCUGUACAAUGGUUUGUCUAGCUUGGUUAUACAACACUGGCCACAAAAGAAUCAAAACCUGCAUCUCACUAACCUAAAUAAGUUGCACAUUACCCAUUAUGCUUUAAAAUCUAUACAGUUGCUGUUUUUUAAACCAAGUUCCCCUGGUUAUAACUGAAAGUGAAAUGGGGAUGAAUAAAAGGUCUUUGCACCAUCAAACAUCAUGCAUGGUACUAUGGAUUCUCUGCUGGAUAGUUGCGCAUUAUUUGCAAUGCUGAUUUUCGCUUUUCACCAACUGCACAGAACCACAGCUAAACCUCCGACAUCCACAUGUAUUAGUCAGCUUAGUGUCAAUAAGAAAUUUUAAGAGCCUAUUGGAAGUUGUUUAUAGAGUCAUAUCUUACCUCCAAAUUAAACUGAAAAUCGGCAGUGCGUGUGAGUAGUAGUAAUUUAUCUAUUCACAAGCUGAUCUUUGUCCAUUUCAUGUACACCUCACAGGUGUUUAAGUAUUCCCUUUCCAUCACAAUUAAACAAACACCUGUGAAGGGACACAUUUUUUUUCUGCCCAGUCUUUUAUACUAUAAUCCGUUGUAUGUAUUUUCAUUAACUAACAGCUAUGUGGCUUAAUUAUGGUUUAGCUUCUGUACUGUCAAUGCAAAUUCAUUGUACCGCUGUCUUCACAUCUCAUCUUUACAAUAAUGUGGAACCUGUUAUUCCUUAGCUCAAACUGCUUCUUGAAGCACAACUUUUUCCUUUUGCUUAAAAAAAAACAUAAGAGGAAGAAAACACAAGGAUGGUGCUACAAUAGCUAAUACACACAAUACUACCUGAUGCCACGUUAUAUUCAUUCCACAAAAGGUGCUCCUACCACCCAUUCAGUGCUUGAAACUGCUUGGUUACUGCACUGUACAACCGUUUUUUUUUUAAAAUAAAUAUUUAUGUAUAACCACAAAUGUUAACUGUUGCUAUUUUUUGUAAGUGCAUAUUCUUGUAGUAUAUAUAUAUUUUAUUUGAUACAUUUUUGUUUUGAUUUUAUUUUAAUUUGUGAGGACAGCCACUUCCUAAUAAUAUGUGUGAAUACUGUAAUGUUUGCCGAAAUUCAAACUUGAAAAAAAAUUAGCUCUGGAAAUAUAAGACAUUGUGAAAUGAAAAUCGGUUACUAAGCGGUGCUAUGACAAAUUAUAUCAUUUUUCUAAUGCUACUUUUUGUCCAGUCUUGUGUUGAGCCAAAAGUGUUAUUUCUGGAGGGGGAAAAUUAUCAAAAUGUUAUUUCUUUCCAAUGUGGUCUGAUGCAUUUUUAUAUUACAUUUCAAACAGUGUGCUGUAUUUUGUUUUGUUCUGUUUGUUGUUAGGCACAUAAUAAUUUUGUACAACAUUACAUAAAUGUGUUUUUUGUAUCAGAAGCAACAGCAACAAUAAAAUUAUUUUGGGUAAAAAUA